UUUAAAUUUUAAACUUUUAACAAUUUGUAGACGGAAACAUUGUUACCGCUACUUUGUUAAAUGUUUUUCCAACUUAGUCAUCCUAUUUGAGCUUUUCUUAUUUAUUGAAUAGUUUAAAUUUUUCCUGCCAGGCCGCUUUUCAAUCUCUUAAAUAAUAAUAGCUACUAUCGUUAAACCAAUUACAAUUAAGAGUAUCAACGUCUCCGGCUAUUCUUAGCUAUUCAGCAACCAUACGUCUUAUUGUAUAUUUUAUGAUAGAUGGUAGCUAAAGCCACUUAUAACGCUCUUUCAAUCGUCCAUUAUCCGGUUUGGAUUGAUUUGAAAAAAAUUGCACGAUCCUAUCGAUUUGCUCUUCUAAUUUACGCGUUCAUUUGCAUUUCAGAUUGCAAACCGAACACUAUCUCAUGCAAUUUACUUAUUACGUAAUCUUUGUCUCAAAUUACCUACCAGUUAUAUGACGUCAUUACGAGCGUCGAUAAGCUUCCCAGCCCCCAGCGUUAAUUCUCCAUAGUCCAUGAUCAAAGAUUCCGCUCUUUCUAUACCAUUCUCGCGUAUCGGUAACGCUAAAUUUACUCUCUUUUUCUUUCUUUUUUCAAAGCACUGUAUAUACAGAGCUUGUGCAACCUACUUGGGUAUUAGGAAACUAGAGUGUAACUCCCAACGAAAACAUCCUAUAGUGCGAGUAUUAAUAUUGUAUACAUUUGUACAAUCAGAGCGUAUUAAGCCCACGGCCGGUCAGAAGCUGCCGGUUGGUUAAUUGGUUUACGUUAAUUGCUUUAGAGUUGUUUGUUUGUCCGCUUACUGCAAUCACUAAUGAUAUAUACAUGCAGCAUGCUUUUUCACUUUUGCCAUUUCAGAAAUCCUAUUUCGUUCUAUUACCCUCGUUUUGAAAGCAAAUAUAUCGUCUAUAAUCUGUUACUAAUAGAGUUCCGACAAAGUAUAUUUCUCUGCCUUUUUAUCUUUCCAAUAAAAUCUCCUCCGUUUUUCAGUUUUUCUUUCUAUUCUCUCCAGCUCUCUUUCUCUCUUUCUUUCUCGUUCGCCUUCCUUUUUAUCUCUUUCUUUCUUUCAUCCUCACUCUAUCUUCAUACACAUUUACACCAUCCGACCUUUAAACGGCUUACUCGUUUCCAAUAAACCGAUGCAUACUGACCUUUUAUUCACCGUUGUUCACAGUGGGAAGAAUCUUCCAUAUCCGCUCCAUUCUUGGCUCCCGGACCGAUAAGCAGUAUCGGCGUCUGUUCUAAGGGAACACGCUCUACUAGUUCCUGGUUACGCUCUCCAUUUAUGACAAUUGGGGAGGAAGCAACAGAAUUAGAAAUCGAAUUGUCUUUUCUUAUGCGAGAUUGUGAAGAUCUCAAUAACAAAGAUGACAAAAAGCAAUGUAAGCAUUCAUUUACCUUACUUGCUUUCGAAGCGUCAGAUGAUAUAGCUAACAAUUUGACUCCGGGUUGGAGAAAGUCAUCAUGGGAAGUUAUCAAGCAAAUUCCUGGGACUAAAUUAUGGCGAGCACAAGAAACACGUUAUGAUGACUUUUUAAUAAAUUAUCUAAAUGUCGAAACAUAUAAAUUUCGGCCAAAGAAGAAAGGAUUUUACAUAGCUCUAUUGGACGAGGGCUCUUGCACUCAUGUUGUUAGAAUUCAGUUAUCUCACACAAUAUGUAAAGCUCAUACAAGGAAGCUGGCUUACUUUAGAAACACUUCAUCUCUAUCAAGCGACGAGCCCACCCCGCCCAAAAUCACUGGUAGUUGUGUAUCGAAUACUCAGCCUAGAGGUGCUAGCCCACCAACAAUGUAUUGUUCCUCGACCGGAAACUGGUACGACAUACAGGGCGAAUGCGUGUGCAAAGCUGGUUUUACGAUCAACGACGCGGGUAACGAAUGCAAAAAAUGCAGUAGUGGAAACUACAAAAUUUCAACUGGUAAUACGGCUUGCUUGCCCUGCCCAGAUUUCUCACAAUCCCCCUUAGACGACUCUAGCAGAAAAUAUUGUUCUUGCGUAUUCGGCUAUUACAGACACGAAAAUGAUGACCUCAGUAAGCCGUGUACCAGACCACCAUCUAAUCCACGUCGGUUACAGAGGGUAGAAGCCGAUCAAAGGAAAAUUAAGUUGUCUUGGCUGCCGCCCGAAGAUAAUGGAAAACGCAACGAUCUUUAUUACAAAAUUGAUUGUCACAAUUGCGAGAAAGAUGUAGUUUACGAACCUAGUCGAGAUAAUCUAAAGGAAACAUGGGCAAUUUUAAAAAAUCUACAACCAGAUCAAAAGUAUACAAUAGUAGUUUCUGCCCUAAAUGGUGUGUCGUUGCAAGCAUCUUUAUCAGCAGCUGAUUCUAUUAAAUAUUCAAAAAUUACCGUCCGGACUUUACCGCCAUUAUUAAAUCCUCCAAGCAAUGUGGAAGUGAAAGUAAAAGAAAAUAAAAUUACCAUAACAUGGAAAGAGCCUGUCGGUAAACAUUCUCAGCCCGUUCAGUUCUACGAAAUCGAAUAUAGAGAUGACACAACUGACGGGAAGAGGGCAGAAAGGUUAAGGGCUUUCAACUUGAACGCCACCUUUACUGAUUUGUUAUAUGAUACUCAAUAUAUAUUCCGAGUAAGAGCUGUUGUUGGGGACACUCUAAGCAAAUUUAGUCCUCCAGUCUCUGCUCGAACUAGUAAACUUUCAACUGUUGAUAUUGAGAGAACAAACAACAAUCCUGAGAGAUUUGGCUCUAAUGAACAAAUUGGCAUAAUUAUUGGUUCAGCAAUAGCUUUUGUUCUUAUCGUUAUUAUCUUGGCUGUAAUGAUAAUUAUUUUCUUAAGACGUAAUCAGACAGGAUGUGGCGAUAAAUCGGCCAGUGAUUGUGAUGCCUUACAAUACCAUAACGGAGCAAUACCAUUUCCCAUAACUGACCAUUUGACUUUGGGUAAAAAAGAAGCUGUAGCACCUUAUAACGCCCCAAGUAGUGGAAAAACUUAUGUCGAUCCACAUGAUUACGAAGAUCCAAACGUUGCUGUCAAACAAUUUACCAAAGAAAUCGACAUUUCUUUUAUUACUAUUGAAGAAGUGGUGGGUGGUGGAGAAUUCGGAGAUGUGUGUAAGGGAACACUAAGAUUUCCCUCAUCUGGUAUUGUUAAAGAAGUAGCCAUUAAAACACUUAAGCCAGAUAGUAAUGAAAAGGCACGUCUAGAUAUUCUAACUGAAGCGUCUAUUAUGGGUCAGUUUAGCGAUUCGAAUAUUAUAUAUUUAGAGGGAGUAGUCACUCAGUCUUCUCCUAUAAUGAUUGUUACUGAGUAUAUGAGAAAUGGUAGUUUAGACAAGUUUCUUCGAAAGAACGAUGGGGCUUUCAACAUAAUGCAAUUAAUCGGCAUGAUGCGCGGAGUUGCGAGCGGAAUGUGUUAUUUAAUGGAGAUGAGCUAUGUGCAUAGGGAUUUAGCUGCGAGAAAUAUUCUUGUGGACGAAAAUUUAGUAUGUAAAGUGGCCGAUUUCGGACUAUCAAGGGAAUUGGAAACGGAUAGAAGCGAUUAUACAACCCGGGGCGGCAAAAUACCAGUAAGAUGGACUGCACCAGAAGCUAUAGCUUACCGGAAGUUCACCUCCUCUUCAGAUGUAUGGUCAUUUGGAGUAGUCGUAUGGGAAGUACUAACUUAUGGAGAGCGACCAUAUUGGAACUGGUCGAAUCAGGAUGUAAUUAGAGCUAUUGAAGAUGAUUUCCGAUUACCUCCCACAAUGAACUACUGUCCUAGAAUGUUAUACGAUCUGAUAAUAAGAUGUUGGCUAUAUGAUAGAACUCAAAGGCCCAGAUUCAAUGAAAUUGUUGUAGAAUUAGAUCACCUUUUGAGAAAUCCUUCACUCAUGUCAGACGGCAUAACAGUUUUCAAAAUCGAUAUAGAUCCGAACCGUUACAUUCCGCCUAUCAGGACUCACUGCUCCGUUUCCGAAUGGUUACGUAUUCUAAAUUUAGAGCGUUACACAGAUAUAUUCUUAAAGAGUGGUUUUUCGGACAUGCGACAAGCGAGUCAUUUAACUAGGGAUCAUUUAGAAUCUAUGGGAAUUACGUUAGCAGCCCAUCAAAGGAAACUUCUAAGUUCCCUGCAGACAAUCAGAGCCCAGCUUUGCCAUUCGCUUCCACACGUCUCAACAGAUGGAGCUUUUAUGGUCUAAAAAUUCUGAUUUUUCUCAUUCUUUCUUUGAUGAAUCAUUCAAAACAGGGUCAUUUAAAAGAAAAUGCAUGUGAUGUUUUUAAGCUAAUGUGUCUUUUAUGAGUGUCGUGAAAGAAAAAAAGCUUGUUAAAUAUGUUAUUUACACAAUUUCUAGUCAUCUAUGCAUAAUAAUAUAAGGGUAAACAUUUUAUAUCGGUGCCAAUAUAUAAUUCAAGUAUAC